AUGGCCGUGAGCAGCAUGCACAACAACCCGCUCUACAAGUACACGCUCUUCCACAUGAAGCGGCGGCCGUCGCCGUUCUUGAGCGCCACGACACCGUUCUUAGAGCCGCCGCGCAUGACGACGACGUCGUCGUCCUUCCUCGACCGACCGGCGCGCACCGGCGACGCAAGCAUGGCCGCCAUCAUGUACCCGACGCGCUCGUGCAUGUGGAUCCGCGGCAGCCCCGUGUGCAUCCGGUGGAGCGUGCUCGACGACCGCAUCGGCAGCGUCCGCAUCGAGCUCUGCCAGUGGGGCUCGAGCGCCAUGACGACCAUUGCAACCCACGCGCCCAACACGGGCUGCUUCGUCUACUCCAAGGUGCCAUGGGGCGUCAUCGGCCACAACUUUUACAUUCGCAUCACCGCGGCCGAGCACGACGACCGGUUCGUCGUGAGCGAAUACUUUAGCAUCGGCAACCCGCGCCAAGGCUGGUAGCCGCCCCUUAUCUACGACGUUCUCUCUCGCAUUUUAACUUAACGAUCCCAUAUCAUGUUAAUAACAUAUCUAUACUCGCG